UCACCAUGUGGAUCUCCUACGUGUUGUUAUCAGUUUUUCUUACUAACUUCAUUUGCCGAUCGGCUCCAGCAUUUUUCAACGAUCGUCUACAGCCGUUGAUGGGAUCAUCACUGGAACGGACACUAGACCGUGACAGCGACGAAGUCGGUAGCAUUGAGGAACACCUUGGCUCACAAUUCGACGAAUCAGUAGAACAAAACUCUAAUGAAUCGUCUUUGUUCAACCAUCGGGAGAACGAAGACACCGACGAGAAGCUCUACGAUUUGCUGUUGAAAAUACUCAAAGUUCUAGACGAUCAAGCGUAUCGAGACGCUGAGCGAAAUCGCAGACUGGAACACCUGCGCAACCCAAGUGCAGUUUCGCUCGAGCACGGCGAUAGUUCACUGGGGGCAAUCAACGACAGUUGGAUGAACGCUAAUGUGGAGCAGUAGUGUGGCUGCAGUUAGCUGCGUAGAAGCAUUAUGUUCCAAUCUAUUCAAGUUCAAUGGAAUGAAAAUGCUGAUACUGAUGACCAAACAGCAAUUGUGUAUUUAUUUGUACGUCGGUGAUAUGUACACAACAGUGGCACACCACUUGACUACAGUAGCAGCGGCAUUGACAUUCAAUUAACUUUUUUCGCUGUAGGUCUAGAUGGUUUUGCCACCAAUUUCCAUUGAUUUUUGCAGAAGAAUAGCGUAGAGGAAAUUAGUAUAGCAUUUAGUUACUUGUUGAUAUAUGAUACGGUUGUUGAAUAAUGUGUUCAUGUUACAUGAGAGUUAAAGGUUGCUGGUGUAUGUCUGGAAUAGAUUAUGAUGAAUCACGUGGAUUAGCAAGUUGAGAAAGAUAUCUGCUUAGAAUAAUACUAUGGACUUGUAGGAUUCAAAAUUCUGUGAAGCUAAAGUAAUUAAUUUCAAGGUAAUUGUACUAUGAUAUCCCAGGUCAUCUAUUAGGUCUGCAGGUCAUCUAUUAGCAUUAAAUGUUUCAAGUAGAGUAAUAUUCAUAGUAUAAUACAACAAAAUAAAUAAAUUGAGUUCCAAAU